ACACUGCUUUUUUCCUGGAGUAUUGAAGACUAGAUGGCCUGUUUUCAUUUUCCUUCAUUGCUUUUGCUGAAAAUCCAAAUUCUCUGUUUGCAGCUUUGGCCAGGCCGUACUUUCUCAGGAUGUUUCCUCUGAGCAUUUUUUGAAGCCACUUGUUUGUCCUUGGCACUGCACAUUUUUUUAUACUUUUGUUUUAACUAUGCAAUGAUGACAUUUUGAAACAAGAAAAUCCUUCUCAAGUUCUUUGGAGUUCCCUUCAUUUUCUGUUUUGUCUUUGGGAAAUCUUGUCUAUCCAUUUUCUUCAUCAGAUGAUCAUAUCUUUUUUUGUAUUUCUCAGUUUUCCGUUAAGCUUUAUCAAGUUUGACAUUUGUCAUGCAAAGAUCUUUAUGUUUUUGAGCGACCUCUUCCAACCUUUUUCUUUCCAGCAAGUAUUAGACUUUUCAUUCCUGUUGCAGACCAUGAGGAAGGGGUAUCAGGGCAUGCAUCGGGGGCAGGUAAGUUAGGGGCAGGUAUGAUGGCCUCAUGUUCUGGCUGCAAGUCAUCUGGUGACUGAGGUGGUGUCACUUAUGACUGAGGUGGUGUCACUGAGAUAUCACUUCUCUCUUCUCUUUUUUUCCCCAGUAUCUCUCUGUCUUUUUGCAGAUGUUCCUGGUAUCGUAUAGGAUCAUUAUUUAUUUUCUUUCUAUGUCUGUGCUGUUUUAUGUGGCAUCUUCGAAAAACAAAGAAAAAUACUACUUAUGUUUCUAGAUUCAAGUCAUUUACAUGAUUAAAUAAACAUAAAUAAAAUUUUAAAAACGAAGUAAAAAGUAAUAACAUAAUGGAUUUUUGUAAUUUCCACCACGUUCUGUAAUUUCCAUCACAGUUAAGUUUGUGAUGGAAAUGACUGUGGUGGAAACGACGCUUCUGCUGUUUUUGGAGAAAAAAGACAGACUGCUUAGAAUGCUUUGGCCAGUAUUACAGCUAGCAUAUGGUUUACACUAAAUACAUCAAAUAUAUUUUAAAAAUCAAAAUUCUACCACAAAAUAAAGAAAUUGCAGCCUGUUUGGAAAUUAAUAACAAUAAAAUGUGCCCUCAGUGGUGGAAAUGACACCACUACCAAAGGACAGGUAUAUUUUGUGUAAAUAGCAAUAUAAAGGGCAUACUCACAAUAAAUAUUGAUAUAGGUUGUAUUUAAUUGACUCUUUCUCUAGGAGAUAACAUUACAUAAUGUGUAAUUAUGUUUUCUCAUAGAAAAACAUAGUAGAAGCUCAUAAGUUUGAGUCAGGGACAAGGGCAAAACAGUGAAAUUGAGGUAUAAAAUCUGAAAGGUAGUUAAAAUACUUGAUAGAGAGGUGUUGAACAAAAAUAUGGGGUGAAUGUAGUGUGAACUUAACAUAUAACAUUUUUUUUACCCUGAGGACAUCGAAGUUGCCGUAGUUGCAGAAUUAACCAGCUACAAUGAAGAAGCCAAUGAUAGGGAACCCAGAUAGGGAAACUAGAUGUAUCCUGAUUCCUGAACAUCUGACCUAGUUAUUAAGUGGAAGGUAAACAUGUUAUGCAAUUAUGUCCCUACAGAACAAUAUUAUAAAAACAGUCAUAUUUGACUACUUCUGCUUGGACCCACCAAACCCCCCACUUCAAUACACACAGGUGUGAAUUCCCUCAGUAGAAAACAAGUGGAGUUGUCAGAGGCAGAGAGGACUUUUGCCCCAUAGCUCACAAACAAGUUCUAUGUUGGCUGCUGGACAACAUAACAGUUUGAAGUUCAAGGCUUUAGAGAUAUGAAACUGGAGGCUCUUGUUCUAGUUGAAUGAGUCAUUUAUAAAUAGGAUAUUUGUGCCAGCGAAAGGGAAAGGCCAAAGCCCUGUUAGAACACAGACCUUGAUGACGUGUACUGAUACUGACUAUCUGAGGUACAGAGUCUGGACAAAAAAGUUUGUGAACCGUGUUGUGUUUUUGUCUUUAUUUUGAUCUCUCUCUCUCUAGGUGAGUUCUGGCUUGGUCUUGAGAAGAUGAGCGCCGUGGUCAAAGACACAGACUACAUCCUCAAGGUUAAGUUCUCCGACUGGAGGGGUGAUUCUGAGAGCAUCCAGUACCCCAUCCGUCUCAGCGGGGAGGAGAGCCACUAUGCCCUCCACAUCCAAGAGACCUCCAACAGCAGCCUGGAGGGCACCCUGGCUACCGAGGCCUCCGGCCUGCACUUCUCCAUCCACAGCCAAGACAAUGACCAGAACAAUGACAUCAGCUGUGCCAAACACCUCUCUGGUGGCUGGUGGUUCAGCAACUGUGGACGUUCCAACCUGAACGGCCGCUACUUCAUGAGCCCUCCUCCCAAGCAGAGGCAUCAGAGGAAGCAGGGGGUCUUCUGGAAGACCUGGCGUGGCCACUACUAUCCCCUGAAGACCACCGUCAUGAUGAUCGCCCCCGCGGUGAUCGAGAACAAGUCAUAGAGGAAAGACGCUCAGCAUUCUGACACAUUUUCUCCUCUUGAACUGAAACACUGUUAGAGGCGGUUAGCCGAUGACUUGGGUUGCUACCCAGUCAGUCCUGGCUUCACCCAGUGAGACUUCCAACAAAGACAAGGCCAUUAUAAAAAACUAAAUAACUCAUACUUUUCAAAAGUCUUAGAGUCUCUCAGCUAGAGACAAAACCAAACAAUGUUUAAAAAGUUAAGAAGUACCUGAACAUGUGAAUCUAGCAGUGGAAAGUUAGCAAGAGUGUUUCACCACAGCUGUGGCACGAGCUCACUCUUAAUCACUGUUUAAAGCAACGCUCAGCCUUGGGACUAAUGAAUGGAACAGAAUGAGGUGAGUUCAAACAUGUUUUGUGUUGCAAGAAACCAAGCAUUUUCCACAUGCUAAGACCCAUCUGACGGAGGUUUCUGAAUGGUAAGAGCUCUCCCAGAGGUUGAAUACUGCCCUCGUUGGCUCGAACCAGCCAAUAAAAAUUAUUUAAAGAAAAAUA